GCGAGCUGUUCGGGUGCUGCAAAUAGUCCUGUUUCUUUUAUAAUGUACGACUGUUGUGUGUAUUGAAAUGAACACUUCUGUGCUUAUUGAUACUUACCCCUUGUAUACGACCAUGUGCACAUUUCUUACUAAUUCAGAUGGACGUAAUGGAUCGCCAUCAGUGCUUUCGUGGCUCCGUCCGACGGAACUGUGAAAAUGGACGAAGUUAAUUGCAAGUUAGUGUUGGUGGGAGAUAGCCAAUGCGGUAAAACAGCUCUCAUUCAACGCUUCAUUACUGAUAACUUCACCGAGGUGUAUUCGCCAACUGGUUUCGAACGUUACACGGCUUCCUAUGAAGUGAGUGACUACAGAAUUAACUUUACUCUUUGGGAUACCUCAGGUGCCUCCGCGUACGAUACAGUACGUCCAUUGUCAUAUCAAGAUGCUAAAGUGUUUCUUCUGUGUUUCCACAUUUGUCAUUCAAAUUCUCUAGAUAAUACAGUUAACAAGUGGUGCCCGGAAGUGCGUCAGCAUUCGCCAAAUGUUCCCAUCAUUCUUUGUGGUUGCCAGAGCGAUCUGAGGACGGAUAGGGAAACUCUAUGCGACCUCGGAAAAGGCAAAAAAUCGCCGGUAACUUCUGAACAGGUUGGUUACGAAUAUAUUCGAAUUUUGGCUCUGGCGGUGUCUAGACAGAUCGGAGCCACCACUUACGUAGAAACAUCUUCCAAGUCUUGCAGCAGAAGCGUUCGAGAUGCAUUCGAAGUGGCUGCUUUGGCGGCUCUUGGUAAAUUAAACAAGAACCACGUGACCAGACCGUAUUUAAAAGUGAAUUGCAUGAGCAAAAUCGACUUAAAGGACGAGCUGAGAGAAAAAGCCAGACAUUGCGUCGUUAUGUGAACGAGUAUCCUAUGGGAAUCGAUGGGGAGUGUUACAGUUAUAUAGGAUUUUAAAAAAAGAGUUUGUCACGUUAACGGGCGUGUCCUGAUCAAAAAGCCUUACCGCGUUGGACACAAGUUUUAUAUAUAUAUAAUAUAUAUAAAAAAUAUAUAUCUUCUGUCUUGUUACUUCGUUGCUUAGCCUGCAUCGUGUUCACUAUGAAGAAAAAACAAAGAAAAAAAGAAAAAAAAUGUUGAAAAUGAAAUCGUUAUCUGGUGAUAAAAAAAUGUCAAAAAAAUCUUUUUAUAAUUAAACAGAUGAUGAAGCAUUUCCUUUAUCUUUUU